AAUGCCGCUACUAGUAGAUGCAUCGUGCGCACAUGUAUCUUAGAACUCUUCUUACCAAUUUGGUCUUUAUUUAGUGGUUUUUGGGACACUUGCCUAUAGAUAAAUAAUGUCAACGCGAGCACCUUGCUAUAUAGCUAGUUCCAUUAUUUCAUUUUCCAUCACCAAACACUCUGCCACGUAUAAUUUCUUCCUUCCCUUUGCUCAAUUAUGGCCGCAUCAUUCCAAACAAAGCUGCUCAUCAUUCUCUUGGCGUUAGUACUCUCCUCCUCCGCCACGAAAGCCCAGGAACUUGAGGUCUCCGAACCGCUCAGCCUUGGGCGCGAGAAACUAACCCGCUUCCGCAUCUAUGUGCACGAGAUAUCCGACGGGAGCAAUGCCACUGUCGUGUACGCUGCCCACGGGAAUGCGACCAACCUGGUCUUCGGCACCGUCUCGGUGUUCAACGAUAUCCUGGCCCUCGGACCCGAAGUGGACUCAAAGGUCAUCGGCCGGGCCCAAGCCCUCUCCGGCCUUGCCUCACAGACCGAGUUCGCUCUGACGAUGGUCCUGAACUUCGUGUUCACCGAUGGCAAGUUCAACGGGAGCGUACUGACCAUAGCGGGGAGGAAUGACUUGAAUCUCAAGGUCAGGGAGCUGCCGAUCGUGGGGGGGAUGGGAGCUUUCCGGUUCGCUCGGGGCUAUGUUCGUACGAGCACGAUUGCCGUCAGCCAAAUCCAUAAGACCGUGGUGGCGGAGUACAACGUGUCUGUCUUGCAUUAUUGACGUUUAGGUUCGUUCAAGUUGAAAAGAGCUCUGCUUUUGCUUUGUUUUGGUUCUUGUGAUGAAAUAAUGGGGCAGCCUCUCGGUGAUCAUUUGGAUGCUCGGUAUCAUUUGUGUCUUUUUGAGUACAUGUAAUGGA